CUGUACUUUUUACAUCCUGUUACAGGUUGCUAUUUUCCGGAGUCGGAAAUAAGACCACUUUAUUUUGAAGUUGGUAGCAGUACACCUAGUGAAACAAUUGUAGUGGAUACAGUCGUUGAGCCAUCUGAUGCUCAGACUGCAAUUGCAUCUGUUAAAUUUAGCAACUUACCAAACACUAAUUACGAAAAUUCAUUUGUUUUACACAAAACGGGUUCACAUAUUUUAAUUUCGACAGCAAAACCUCUUUAUCUACCUCAGUAUCCAUCAAACAUCUCAGAGGCCUAUGUAUAUCUAACAAUUUCCUGUAAUCAACAGCUUUAUCCACUGAUAACUAUACGUAUUGUACAUCAAAAUCAGUAUGCACCACAGUUUUACGGUCGAUUACCGUAUAAAAUUACGUUAACUCAGGAUAUAUCUCCUGGAAGUAUUAUCCGUACACCAGUUUUGGCUAUUGAUUGGGAUCCGAGUGAUCGUUACAGAGUCACAUACCAAAUUGAAGGAGGAAAUGAAGAGAAAUUUUUUGCUGUGUUUAACAAAACACAAUCGGUACCGGCAUCUGAACAACUUCCAGGUGAUCUAGCCAAAAAAAUAUCAGCGGAACAGACUCCAAAAAUAAUGAAAAUUGUUCUGUUAAGACCGUUGGAUCCAAUUUUAAAAGGACAUACAAUAGUUUUAAAUAUUUCGGCCACGGACAAUGACGAUGUUUCGAUGAAAAAUUAUACAUCAUUAAGCAUCGAAAUUGCGCCUGCACAAGUUUUAGUUCCAAUUAUCAGACCAAAAAGUCAAGUGGAUCGACAGGCUACAAAAACAAAGAAUCAUAAUUUUGAUGCAGAUUUGAAUCUUGAUUUUAGUCUAGACAGUUCUCCAGCAACAGUUAUGGCUGAUGACGAGGUAAUAACUGCACUAACCACAACUGCCGAUAAUCUGUCAAGCAGUACCGUGGUUGCAAAUACUGUGCUUCCACGAUUUGAUUCAGAUUUCUACGAAUUUUCAUUGCCCGAAAAUAUACAGUCAACGAAUUUUGGUGUUGUCCAGUGUGUCGAUCAAACCCUUGUUCAUCGCCCCUUACGGUACGGCUUGACAACUGACAAUAUAUCCAGUUUGAUUGCAGUUGAUCCUCGGGCUGGUACUUUGACAACUCUUCGUCCACUUGACCAUGAAGUGAUCGGAAGUUAUAGUUUUCGGGUAUCUUGCUGUCUUCUGAAUGAUCCAGCGAUCUGCGAUUUUACUAAUGUCACUUUGAGUGUAGUUGAUUUGAAUGACAACAUCCCAGAGUUUGACCAAGAGGUAUAUACCGCGGAAAUACCGAUUGAUUUGCCAGUUGGUAGUCCGAUAAUUCAAGUCAAAGCUUCUGAUAUUGAUAGUGGUGAAAACGGAAUUGUCAGUUAUGAACUGAAGGACAAUUUAGGUUUGGAUUGCUCUAUGAGCUUAUUUUUUACGUUUAGCGUUUAUGUUACAGAUUUGUUCCAAAUCGAUUCCGACAACGGGCUGAUUAAGUUAAAAGCCCCAUUGCCAGGUCUCGUAAAUCUAACAUUACCUGUUGAGGCCUAUGAUAACGGUUACCCAACUCAACGAAAUGUCGGUACUGUAAAAAUACGCGUUCAUGGCAGUAAUCCUUCAUCACCAGUUUUUGAUCAGCUUCGAUAUGAAGUCACUAGAUUCACUCCAGUACCUGCUGGUUCAGUUUUAAUAACUGUACAUGCAACAGAUCCAGAUCCAGGUUUAGAUGGACAGAUUCGAUACCAGAUCGUUCGGAUAGACAGCGAUAAUCCAGAAGACGAUUUACCAAAGUUUUCAAUCAAUGCUGAGACGGGACAGCUGUCUACAAGUGUCAGACUGACAGCAACAGGUUCAUCACCAACGUAUAUUGUUGUUGAAGCUGUUGAUAUGUCCCCAGAUUUUCCAAGAAAGGCUGAAGCACUAGUAAAAUUAAAUUUAAUUGCCGAAAGGAAAGAAAAGAUAUCUUUUUAUCCACUGCCAAAAAGAAUUUUUAUCUCAACAGCUUUGCCACCUGGAAGUGUAAUACUCAGGUUAAUCGUUAACGGAAUGUUAACAACCUACACUGAAGCUCCGCAGUUGUUCACGUUGAGAAACUCCAGCGGGAUUGAUUAUUUUCAAAUGGUUGGCGAUGAACUGCAAGUUAAGAAGAAGCUCCGAAAGGGUAUUUUCAAUGUGACGAUGCGAGUGGAUGCUGGAUCAGCGUUUGCCGAGCACGAUGCGACACUUAUUGUGAUGACUGAACGAGAUAAAUAUCCGGUUUUCGGACAACUUAACUAUGAGCUGCAGGUUCCUGUAAACGCUUCCUUGCCACUUCUUCUAUACAAAUUUAAUGCUGUAUUGUACGUAGGCAGCGUUCAGUAUAGUAUUUUCCCUCUUGAAGAUAUUCCGGAUGGUUUAGUAUUAGAACCAACUUCGGUUAUCAUUAGAAUAGCUGCAGCUGCUGAAAAAUUCCACUUUUUAAAAAGCCUUUAUCAAUUCCGAGUUCCAUCAAACAUUCCAGUUGGAACACUGCUGAACGAGUCUGUUGCUGUGGAUAAUCAGACAAUGGACGAAAAUAUAGAGUUUAUAGUGGAGCCACCAGACAUGAUUGCAGUGGGAGCAAACGGUGCUUUGAAGACGAUGGUACCUUUCGAUGCCUUCGACCCGUCGACUCCAGUAGAUAUGACGGUUUAUGCAAAGAAUGGACUGUUGGAAGCAACCACAAAAAUUCGCUUGUUGAUUGAUCCUGUAAGGCAAGAAUUACGAUUUGAGAACGACUCUUAUAAAGUGGAAAUAAAUGAAGAUGCCGAACCAGGAGAAGUUAUCAAAAUUGUACAAGUCGGGCAAAAUUACACGAAACAUCUCAAGAAGAAUGUUACUUACAGUAUCACGCAAGGUGACACUGAAAGACUUUUUGAGAUCACUAACAACGGUUUUCUGAUGCGAUCGGAAGUUGGAACAUUAGACCGUGAAGUUAAAGAUUCGUAUAACCUAACUAUUGAAGCCGUCAACAAUGGCAAGACCGUGGCAAAAACAAAGGUAUACAUUAGAGUUACUGAUGCCAACGAUAAUACUCCGCAGUUAAUGGGAGUCCAUACUUGGAACUUGACUGAAGGCAAAGAAUCGGUUGGCUCAAAACUAUUACUGAAUGCCACAGAUACUGACUUAGGAGAAAAUUCGACAGUUACAUUUCGGCUGAAAUACUCACCGCAAAGUAACCAUUUCAAAAUUCAGCGGUUGACCAAUAAAUCAGCUGAACUAGUAUUGAUGAAGCCACUACUGCAUUCGAAGUCGCCAAAAAUUGAGCUGGAAGUAGAAGUAAAAGACAACGGGGCUCCACCACUCAAAUCUACUUCAACAGUUAUUGUCAAUAUAAUGCCUCAACAGUCGCCACCACCAGCGUUUAGCAGUCACAUUUAUACAGCAAACGUAACGACGAAUGUUGAUCCUGAUACCCCAAUUGUAAAGGUUCAAGUUCGGAAUACUGGAACUGCAUCAAAUGUUACGUACAAAAUAGUAAAAACAUCUUCAGAUGUUUUCACCAUUGAUCAAGAAACUGGUGCUAUAAAAUUGGCGCUUAACGGUACCAAAUGGGUGCCAGGAACUCAUAAGCUGAAAGUGGAAGCCAGUGAUGGUCAAAAGUCGUCUACAGUCGAUGUUGUUAUUAAUUUGACAACUACAACAACUCAGAAAGUUGAAGAGUUAGUACCUAACAAUGCUACCCUUUUAAGAACGACUGUUUCUUCAAUUAAUCAUCCACCAGUUUUUGAUCGUCAAUCUUAUGAGUUUAUUGUCAACAAUUUAACCACUGAUAAAAUUGGUACUCUGAAGAUAACAGACCCAGAUGGCGAUACAGUUGUCAAUAUUGAAAUUCAGCCUGAAAAAUAUCAUCAGCUUAUUUCAGUUGAUCCUCAGACGGGACUGAUAACUGCUAAAAAACAACUGGAAAAUGGAAAAUACGAGUUUUCCGCUAUCGCUAAAGAUAACGGGUAUCCACCAGAAACGUCUUUAGCUACAGUGACCAUAAGAGUUGCUUACCCAGAAACCACCACAGCAAAAAGUGUUGAAGCGUCAUCUGCUUUGUCAGCAACAUCACUGGCGACAACAAUCGGCGAAAAUGCUGGAGUUUCGUCAACAGUAGUUAUUUCCGAGCAGAUUGAACAAUUCACCGAUGACACUAGCCAUCAGACUGUUUCAGCGAGUGUCACUAAAGAGGAGUGUGUGUUCAGCCUCAUAAAACCAGUGGACGAGGUGGUUAUUCCAGUUAAGGAAGUGACCAAAACAGAGCCUGUCUACAGUAUUCAAGGAAAAUGCUCUUGCGCAUCCAGAUGUGCACAUGAUUUUCAAUUAACGAAUGAAACAUUGAAAGAAUUUGUUAAUAUUUCAUCGGACGGUCACAUACAUGUAGAUCCAAAAAUUUUGGAUGCUCAAACGAAAAAUCCGUUGUUAGGUCGUCCUGGAUCGCUGCCGAUAAACGUCUCAAUAAAAAGUGGCAAAAAUGUGCAAUAUUUUCGACUAAAUGCCAUUUUUGAUUUUGGAAGCACAAUUGUAGAAAGUACAACGGCAGCAGUUUCACAGGUUUCUGAACCUGUAGGCGAGAAUACAGUUUUGGCAAGCACACCGGAUAUCACUGAGACGGAAUUACUCAAGUUUGAACAUGAAAGCUAUAAAGCAUUGACUCCAGAAGGCACUUACAAAAGCGGUACAGUACUUUCAAUGAAACCCGAUCAACUUAAAGUAGCUGAUGUUCCUGAGAACAGAAAAGUUUACUAUUACCUGUCGGCAGACGAGCAAAACCUUCCAUUUUAUAUCCGUAAUGAUACUGGCGAAAUAAUAAUCUUUGGAACUGUCGAUCGUGAAGAAAGAUCACAAUAUGAAUUUGAUGUAAUUGCAGUCGUCGAUUCUGUCCCACCAGACAUGGGAAAAACUCAUGUUUUAGUGCAGAUUUUGGACGUCAAUGAUAACAGUCCACAGUUUCAAAAUCCUGUUUUGGCGGUACCUAUGUUAAGAAAUGCAUCAGCCAACGAUAUGGUGACCAUCUUCAGAGCGCUUGAUGAAGACAGCGACUCUUUGGGCACUGUUCGGUACUCUCUCUACAAUGUUACAGAUGUCUUCAACAUUGGUGAAAGUGAUGGUGAGCUAAGACUACGAAAGCCACUGCGGGAAGUUGAGGAUUCAGUUAUCUACGUGGCAGUUGUGGCCAGCGAUUUAGGAAAACCUGCAUUAAAAUCGACGCAUAAUUUUCGUGUAGAAAUAUUUGAAACUGACCAAGUUGGUCCAUUGUUUCGGGAGAAAAGGUAUCCCGCCAGUGUUGCUAGUGAUGCUGCAGCUGGCACUGUUAUCACCCAAAUAGUGGCUGGUGUGGGACCUUAUAAGUAUAAGCUUUCAGAUACACAUUCUGGUCUCUUUGAAAUCAACGACAACGGGGUGUUGACUCUUGCUGCAACACCUUCGCGAAGUGAACAUGAUCGUGCUUAUACGUUUAAUGCAACAGCUACAGAUGAAUUUGGUCGAGAAUCUGUUACUGAAGUAGAGGUCUUUGUGGCGGGUACUGAUUUUGUUGAAACUACAACUGUUUCUGCAAAGAAACAAUGCAAAUUUACCUCUAAACAGUUCAAUACUGAAGUUUACGAAAAUGAAUCGGGCCGCCAAAAAAUUCUGAAGUUAACUUCAAAUUGCGAAGACGAAGAUCAUGUGUACGUCAUUGCACAAGGUUCAGGCGAAUUUGAAGUGGAUGCAAAAACUGGUGAGCUUUACGCGAUUGAACCAUUAGACAGAGAGAAACGGAGUUUACACUUCAUUAUUGUUGGCAUUAUUGAAGCAAAGAGCAUUCCAACACGCGAGAAGAGACAAGCAAAUUCUGUUGUCGAAUUAAUGAAAGCAAAGCUAAAACCUUGGCAAGCAUUGGUAACCGUUCAUGUACUGGAUAGAAACGACAAUAAGCCAUAUUUUGUCAAGCAGAACAAACAAGGUGCUUACGUCUACAGUGUCGACUGGCAAGCAGCUCUUUUAACUCCCAUUGCCAGAUUACAUGCAGAAGACAACGAUGAAAGACCCACAUUGCGUUAUAGCAUCACUGAAGAGACACAAGCCGCUGCUGAGCAUUUCAUCUUAAAUGAAACUACAGGGGUGAUCUCUUUAGCAAAGUCAUUGAUGGGCAGUAGCCAGGAUGUCUUCCAUUUUGACGUUAUGGUUUCCGAUGGCGAAAACAACGUCACCAGUCCUGUCAUGAUCUACAAGUUAUCGCCGGAAACUAACGUCGUUUUAUUGGCGGUUAACAAAGAUCAUCAGACAAUCGAGGACUGGGUAUUAGAACGUAAGAUGACUGAGCAGUUAGGUGUCAAAUUUAAUGUUUUGGUCAAGCAGCCAUAUGUUAAUGACAACGGCAAGGUUGACCCACAGAGAACUCAUCUUUUUGUCUAUGCAUGUGACGAGGAGACAAAUGUGCCGCUGAAAAGAGAACAGCUAAAAGAAAAGGGGCGAAGCCAAGUUACUGACAGCGAGUACAUGAUUGAUAGUCAGACGGCUGGCCCGCGACCGUACAACGUGGAUGAAAUCAAUAGAAAAACAGCUCAGAGUGUGCUUUCCUCUAGACCGUUACCGGAUCCAUACGAAACCAAAGAAGGCUAUGAUGCUCAGAUGCGUUCGGCAUCAGCUUUCAGUAACAACGCUUUUGCAGCAGAACCACAGAGGAGAACUACACCACCAGAUAAUUACAGGUUAAACUAGAU